AUGUUUUCCAUUCCUUCUAAACUUUUUACAAGUAUAUUUGGUAAUAAUAAUUAUCAAGAUGUCGUCGAGAAUUCUGAGAAUGAAGAAAAUGAAACUUUUGACAAUAAUAUUGAAUCCUCUACACAGGUUUCAUUAGUCUCAACAAUAUCUUCAACCCCGACUAAUAAACAAGUGAAUAACCAAAUCGAUUUUUCUGUUCCCGUAAUUCCUAUACCAAAAUUAAAAUUAUUAGAUCAAACUGAUUCUCCUUCAGAAUUUCCACUUAUCGAUAGUCCACAACGUAUAAAAUCAACUUAUAAAAAACCAACUCCCCUUGAAAAAGCCAAUAAAUUACGACGGAAAGUUAUUUUGGAACCUGGACAUUCACCUUUAGAUUGGGCAAGAUUAAAAAACAGUGGGAUUGAUCUGAGUGGUGUUUCAGAAAUACGGAAAUAUACACUUGAAGAAUUAAAUCAACAUAAAAAAAGAGAUAAUGCUUGGACUGCAAUUAAUGGCAAAAUUUAUAAUAUGACACCAUAUCUCAAGUUUCACCCUGGUGAAAAAGAAUUAAUGCGAGUAGCAGGUCGAGACGGAACUAAAUUAUUUAAAAAUGAAAAAUCGAAUGUUCAUGCGAAACAUAACGUAUGGAAACUUGUUACUGCUGAUUGA